UGGUGUGCAGAGUCUGCGAAUAGUUGAUGCUGCGGAGCGGCAGCGGAGGCACACACGAGAUUCACAGUACAGUUCAGCGAGGAAUAGCGGCUGUAUCACGGGACUAUUUGACUUUUGUUUUGUAAUUCAAGUACAAGCUCGAUUUUCUUUUCGAGCACUUUCCCCAAAUUGAACCUCUUAGUUUUUCUUUUCAAACAUUUAUUGUUUCUAAUAGCGACUUAACUCGCGCCCUGUCUGAUGACCGAUCUUCAAAAGAAAUUGCCUGACUGAUGGCAGUGAUGACGAAUGAGACGUGGCCACAUCCAUCAUAUGUGCCCCAUUAUCUCCUCCGUGGUGAUCCUUUUGCUUCAAGACUCUCGAAAGAGGCAGACAUCGUUGCAGCAUUUUACAUCUGCAUUAUUGGUAUUAUGUCGGCAACAGGGAAUGGAUAUGUCUUGUAUACAACGAUCAAACGCAAGACUAAGUUGAAGCCUCCAGAGCUCAUGACUUUGAAUUUAGCCAUCUUCGACUUUGGCAUAUCAGUGACAGGAAAGCCCUUUUUUGUUGUUUCUAGUUUCUCCCACCGUUGGUUGUUCGGUUGGGAGGGCUGUCAGUUCUAUGGCUGGGCAGGCUUUUUCUUCGGAUGUGGGAGCCUCACCACCAUGACGAUGGUCAGCCUGGACAGAUACCUCAAGAUCUGCCAUCUCAGCUAUGGGACAUGGUUGAAACGGCGUCACGCCUUUCUCUGCUUGGUCUUUGUGUGGAUUUAUGCAGCAUUUUGGGCCAUCAUGCCCCUUGUAGGCUGGGGAAGCUAUGCCCCAGAGCCAUUUGGGACAUCGUGCACCCUGAAUUGGUGGCUGGCACAAUCUUCUGUGUCUGGCCAAAGCUUUGUAAUGUCUAUCCUCUUCUUCUGUCUUGUCUUACCUACUGGCAUCAUGGUAUUCUCCUAUGUGAUGAUUAUCUUUAAAGUCAAGUCUUCUGCAAAAGAAAUCUCACAUUUUGAUGCCCGAGUCAAUAACAGCCAAAACCUUGAGCUAAAACUCACAAAGGUCGCCAUGCUGAUCUGCGCAGGAUUUUUGAUAGCCUGGAUCCCAUACGCAGUUGUGUCAGUGAUUUCGGCAUUUGGAGAGCCAGACUCAGUGCCCAUACCCGUGUCUGUUAUUCCUACUCUGCUUGCCAAGUCCUCAGCAAUGUACAACCCAAUCAUCUACCAGUUAGUGGACCUGAAAAACUCCUGUUCACCCUCCUGCUUGAAGGUCCUGGGUAAACGCAGGCAUUUUCGAAAGUCUAGGCUUUACACAAUUACUGGCUCACUGAAGGACACACGAGCACCAGAAGAAGCUCCGGAUGAAAUGUGAGGCAGACAGCCUGAGUGACCUGCUUAUAAUUUAUAUUUGGGAAAGUUUGUCCGCUUUCCUGUCCUCUGUGCCCAUCACUUUGCCUUUCACAUGCUGCCUAUCAUCUACAUUGACUUCACCGAGCUUUUACCAUUAUUCCUGAGUCUUGAUUACACCAGGCUGGUUUACACUUCACUGAAGCGCAUGUCCUUCCUGUAGGUCCCCACCUCCUUUUCUACCAUCCUGAAAAGUUCUUUCCAGAGAAGUUCGAGUUGUUCCAAUGUACAAGUGAUGUUUUACAUAAUGUGUUGACUUAGCUUCGCAGUAUAGUAGGCAUACAGUUCAGUUUUAUUGAAACACCAAAUUACUGUCUCCUUAGCAAAUCUUGGCUCUGGAAGGAAUUUUUUUUUGUGUAGUACAUAUUGUAUAGUAGACAUAACAUUUAAUUGGAAGCUACAUUUAAACUGAGGACAAAUCAAAUUAUACACUAGUGACAACAUGUAAAAAAAAUGCACAUUAAGAUAACAAGUACAGUACAUGGUGUCUGAUGUUACCCACAUGCGAUUUAUUAUACCUAAAUCAAAGUUUGUGUGUACCCAUGAAAAGUUUACUCAAGCUCAUCUUUUGCACUUCGAAACAUUUGGCUGGUGUGGAAAAUAACAUUUGAAAUUGCACAACGCAUCAGGCUGUUGUCUUAGCAUUUGACAUGAAUAGCAAUCGAUGGGGAGGAACGAGAACUUCAUGACUGAGUGAACAUUGCAUUCUCAUAAUGCAGCACACGUGAGAAGAAAAAAGAAAAAAAAUCUUUACAACCAUAUGAGUGCACUUUAUUUGCAAAAUCACUUAAUGUAUAUUAGAAGCAUUUAUUUUCAUCCAUAUACUGUACAUUGUUGUAAAUGGUUCCACUGUUAUUGUUGUAUGAAAAAAACCUCCAGUUUUUCAGUAUGGCUUCCCUAUUUCAGUUAUAUUUACGGGAACAGGGACAAUUUUCAUCAAUUCAGAGAUACAAAUAGUCCCUUGAACAGAAAGAACAGCUUCUUUCAAAAAAUAGAAAUUCCCCUUUCAUAAUAUUUGGGAUUGCUUUUGGAAUAUUUCCACAUGCUUGUUCGCGUUCUUGUGUUGACGAUAGAAAUAUUAAAUAAUGGGAACAGAGUUUAAACCAUCAACUGGAAUUAAUCUGGGAAUAAUGACUCAGGCACUAAUAGGAAUCCCUAAAAAUUUUGGAUUCGGCUCAACAUUGUAAGGAUACAAAGCAAAGAGUACUAUAUUUUUCAUGUUGUUAUUAUUUAUUAUGUAGCCUUAUGAAGAUUUAACUGCACAUUUUGAAGUUAUGGAACCGUCAGGAAAAGUAGACACAAAUAUAUGUGGGGAAAAAAAUGGGAUAGUUCUUUUUUAUGAUUCCCGACCAAUUUAAGAGCAAGUGACUUUUGUGCACUCCUUUACAACAAAGAUUUUCUAUUCUGUACUUUGUGGCAUUUAAGGCAUUGACAAUCACUGAAAAUAAACAUAUAUUUAUGUGUAUUACUUUUGGUGGAUGAUGGGAAUGUCUGGAAGAUAGAACAUUGUCCAUAUUGUCCAAAGUGGUAUUUUCACGGUUACCAGUUCCACAUUCUCACAUUUAUGUACAUUUACAUGGAAAACAAUAUUUAGAUUUUUCAGCUCAUUUUGAACUGCAGUUCCUUUUCAGAUGAGUCAGCAUAAGUGAGAUAAUCGCAUGUCUUACUAAGAUUAUACAGAAUGAUUAUCCUGUGGGGUACCAUCCAAUCUUUUCAUAAAACCCGGGUGCCCACACUUCCUAUAGUUAAAUGUGUUCAGUAUUUAAAUAAUAGUCAAUUAGGAAACGAUCUGAACUGGGGGGUAGUCUUGCAUAGCUGUAAAAUGGUUCAUUUCUGCCGAACAUUCAUAGCUAUGUACACAGUGUUCUGGGUACACAGUACAUACAGAGCUGCCAGAAGAGAAAGGAGAGAUAGAAAGAGAGAAAAAGGUAGGUGGUCAGGUUUUUUUUUCAAAUAAAGUUUAUCUAGCUCAGAAAUAAAGCACAUUCCGAUGGAUGAAAUACAAUAGCCGCUGCUGCUGUUUGCUGUCACUUCUUGUCGCACUUGCCUUUGCCCUUAGUGUCCAUUCAGUACAGAAACACUCACCAGAACACUUUAUUCUGUCUUAGAAGUAGUUUUGGUAAAUAUUUGCAUAAUAUGUCUCACGACUCAUUCACCAAAAUAAAAAAUGGCAAGGACGAGCUUUUUCAACGUCAAUUUCGUUACCAGAUAUGGAAACAACCUCACGGAGUAUAUAUCAUGCAAUUUUUUUUUCCCAUUAUCUGGGCAAUCUUGGCUUUUUUUGCAGGUUUCGAUACUAUGAUAGACCUGUGGAUAGUUUUACGUUAAGCCUCUUUGAUUAAUGACCCUGUCGGUCUGUUUUGGGGAAUGAUUAAGUGCAUAGUGCGCUGGGGCGGUCAUUUUGAGUACACUACCCACUUUAACAUCUUUUAACUACUACUUUAUGGUCCGUUAUGGUCCGUUUUGCUAUGUGUUCACUUUACUUUCCAGUUCGCUCCUAUUCAUCAAAUGUCCUGUCCUAGUUCUAUCAAGAAAAUGUAUAAACAUAUCUCCCAAAAUAUCAGAUUUCUCUCAAAUGAGAUUCUCUUUAUUUUAAUCUAUAUACUUUAAUGCUUUUGUGAACAACCAGUCUCAUUAUUAUUAUUAUUAUAUUAUCUUUUCUGUAAAGGUUCACAAAUGCACUUUGUAAGAAGCAAUAUUCAAAAGGCUUCAAUUGUACAGAACUGCUGUCUGCACUGUUACUCCUUGUAUCAUCGCUGUGGUUUAACUCCAAAGCCAAACUUAAAAAGGCUUCUUUUUGUCGUUAGCUGUAUAAUUCCUGUGGCAGCCACUGUAUACAAACAGGUGAUGGAAGUACUCCACAUGAAGUUACUGGUGUUUUGUUGUUGUUGUUUUGUUUGUUUAAGAAUUUGCUUCAUAGGAACAAAUAUGAUGUGUAUUAAAUUCAUGAGCAAUACACCAAAUGGUAUCCCUGAUGAAACUCAAAUAACAUUUGAAUCCAGGCGAGUUUCUAAUAGAUUGGAAAAGGGUUGCAUUUUCAGUCAAAGGAUACUUAAACAGGGCCCAGUGGCAGCAAGCUUUGUAAGGAUUCGCUCAGCUAUUGUUGACAUGUAAUAUCAUUUUAAAACCUUUGUAAUUUAAUGUGACGUGUACUUUGUAUUGUUUGUCAACAUCGCAGUAAUACCUUAUUGCCGAGAUGUUUUGUAUACUGCUUGAAGUUGUACAACAGUGUUCUGCUGAGUCUUUUUUUAUUUCUUAUUUUUUGGAAAAGUACUUCAAAAAGCUGUGUGAAGAUGUUUCCCUUCUGAUGUCAACAGCCAGCACUCUUAUCUUAAGUGUUUAAGUUUUUAACACCUAACUGCCACUGAGCCUCUUCUCGUAAUGUAAUGUUUCGCUUUCAUUUAAACAAAAUUAGCAAUUAUAUAUUGUUCGGUGUCAUUUGUAAAGCGCUGCACAUAAUUCAUGUUAAAUGUUAGCAAAGGAUACAAAUGUUGUAAUUUUUUUUUCUGGUAGCUAUGUCGGACGUUAAUCCAUACCUUACUGAAGUAUAAUGAAUGAAUUACAAAAGAUUUCCCUAGUUGAUGGCAAAAUGUCAUUAGCUCUGUUGCUUUGACCUGUGUUCAAAGUUUUAAUAAUACCAGCCGAUUUGAUCACAAAAUAUGCAAAAACUGCUCUUGUAUUUUGUAAGUUCACUUUAUUUUUAGGUCAAAGCAUUGUUAACUAAAAUAGCUAAAAUCACUUGGACAAAGUGGCCAACUACAUACUUUCGAAUGUGACUGGAGUUCAUCAGUGGCCUUGAACUUCUUUCAGAUUUUAAAAGUUUCUAUCUCAAAGUAUAUUGUCCAAAUGUUUUAUGUUUAUACCAAAGAAAGAGAUUAUUUCCUCACUGCCUGAGUGUCCGCCUUUUCUUCCUCAAAUGUCUCAGUUAUUGUGCUGCUCACCAACGGUGGGAAACCAUGCGCGGCAAGAGAAAGAGAGAAAUAGAUAGCGUGACCACCAUUUGCCUCACACAGCGCAACAGAUCUCCUCCACACGGAUUUGAUCAGUUGUGCCAUUCGUCAUCGGCAACCUUCACAUAAUGUUCCAAUAUGCUGAUGCAAGACCCCAUGCUGCAAGGAUCUGUCAAGAUGUAUCACCCAAUCAGCUUGCUCGGGUAGUUUGGAUUCACUUAUGACUGCGUGUCCUGCCAUUAUCCUGAAAAUUUGCACUAAAAAAUCACUUGUCCAAUAAUCAUCUAACAUGCAUUUCAAUAUGCCCCAUCUAUGAGAUGGUUGAAUUACUGUAUCUUGGCAAAGGAAUAGUACUAAUAAUAAAUGAU